AUGAACGCCGUGUUGUUGUGGUUCCUACUAUUCGGCAACUCCGCGGUAUCGCCGGACCUGAUACCCAUCGAUUUAUCGUUCUUUGGGAGUUCGUUGUAUCGCUUGAUAGACACAUCCGUAGAUUCCCUUGUCCGUAACCAUGAUCCAUCAUCGGAUGUAGAACCGUGGGAGCUAGGAAACCUGGUCGGUGGUGAUAUGCGACUGCCGAGGCCCAGAUUCGCAAAUGCCCUUGCGGGAAGUCCUGACGCACCGUAUCGUUGGCCAAACGCAACCGUUAUCUACUCGAUCGAUGGAACCUUCAACUCGUCGGAGCUGGGCUUCAUCAACGGGGCCAUGCGAGAGUUUGAACGGUACACCUGUGUCAAGUUCCGAAGACGUCGCCUCGCGGACCCGGAAGAGGUGGCAUACGUUUCGAUCGAUAAUAUCGAAGCUGGUUGUUGGAGUGACGUUGGCAGGGGCGUUGGACGUACCUUCGUGAAUCUGCAGCCAGGUUGUGCGAACUCCCUCACCACUCCGGUACACGAGCUGAUGCACACGCUUGGCUUCUACCACGAGCAUAAUCGACUCGAUCGUGAUCAGUAUGUGACGAUACUUUACGAAAACAUGAUCCACGACGAAUCUCUCAAAAUGAACUUCGAUUUGGUUAAUCCAGCCAAUACGACAACCUUCAACGUUCCUUACGAUCUCGGUAGCAUAAUGCACUACAAACGGGAUGCAUUUUCCGUACGAAAUUCCGGGCUGGACACUAUGCGCCCGCGGGUGCGUUGGGACGGGGAAAUCGGACAGGGCGCAACGUUAACCUGGUAUGACGCACUCCUCAUCAACAUCAUGUACUGUGGGGUACCCGUUCCCAGUGAACCACUUCCUGUUCCUUCGCGUUGGAUUCCGGCGAGGGCCUUAGGGAUGAAAGAUCGUUUCCGUGUUGUGCGACUGCGGCGAGGGUUUGGGAAAAGAUAA